CCUCUGUGGCACUUGUGUUCCAUCAUCUGCGGUUAUCUCACUCACUGUCGUGUUGAUGUUUUUCCUUUAGCCUCAGAUGGUGCAAUGCAGCCUGGGGUUUGCUGGGGCAACGAGGGUGCUUCCGUUCCCCUGGGCUCUCAUUACUCUGCAGGGGCGUGGAGGGCCGGGCCUGGGCUGGGCUGGCUUCCUGCAGUCUAACGAGCCCCCUGGAGACCGCAGGGCUGUUCUGGUUCUUGCUUGGAAUAACAAGCCACUCUAAGAGUGAGGUUUUGGUGCUGGAGGAGAAUGGUGCUGUCGAAGGGGAGUCUUCAGAAUUUGGGGUCAGCCUGCUCUGUGGUUGCCUGGAGUCGGUCUGCUUUAUCUUGCUAGAAGGGGGAGAAGGGUUUCAAGAUAAAUGCCAUUGAAACAGUUUCAUCCAUCAUGGAAAAACGAGAGAAUUUUGUGCAAGCCGUAUCUAAGGAGCUGGUUGGAGAGUUUUUACAAUUUGUUCAGCUUGAUAAACAGGCCUCGGAUCCUUUCAGCCUCAAUGAAUUAUUGGAGGAAUUAUCAAGAAAGCAGAAAGAAGAAUUAUGGGAUAGACUGAAGAAUUUGUUGACCAGUAUGUUGUUAGAAAGCCCAGUGGAGGGGUGGCAGGAAGUGCAAGUCCAGGGUGAAGAUGAUAUGGAAACUGAGCAUAGCUCAAAAAUGAAAAAAAAUAUAGAAAUAAUGCACGCAAUUACGUCUGUGAUUCUCGUCUCUGUAUCUGUAAUAAACGAGAGUGAGAAUUUUGAAGCCUUGCUGGAAUGUGCUAUCAUAUUAAAUGGUGUUUUAUAUGCAUUACCCGAAUCUGAGCGAAAACUACAGAAUUCCAUCCAGGAUUUGUGUGUCAGAUGGUGGGAGAAAGGCCUCCCUGCCAAGGAGGACAUGGGCAAGACUGCUUUCAUCAUGCUGCUGAGGAAGAGCCUCGAGACCAAGAGAGGUGCAGACAUAUGUCGGCUUUGGCGUAUUCAUCAAGCUUUAUAUUGCUUUGAUUAUGAUUUGGAGGAAAGUAGUGAAAUUAAAGAUAUGCUGCUUGAGUGCUUCAUAAAUACUAAUUAUAUCAAGAAAGAAGAGGGACGACGAUUUCUUAGUUCUCUCUUCAACUGGAAUGUGAAAUUUGUUAAAAUGAUCCAUGAGACCAUUAAAAACCAGUUGCAGGGAUUACAGAAAUCUUUGAUGGUACACAUUGCAGAAAUUUACUUCAGAGCUUGGAGAAAGGCUUCAGGGAAAAUAUUGGAGGCCAUUGAGAAUGAUUGCAUCCAGGACUUCAUGUUCCACGGGGUCCACCUUCCCAGGAAGUCUCCAGUGCACUCCACAGUACGAGAGAUACUGAGUUACUUUCACCAUCAAAAAAAAAUUCGGCAGGGAGUGGAAGAGAUGCUUUAUAGGUUAUAUAAACCCAUCCUUUGGAGAGGAUUAAAGGCCAGAAACUCUGAAGUUCGAUCGAAUGCUGCCUUGUUGUUUGUUGAAGCAUUUCCUAUUCGGGAUCCAAACUUUCUUGCUGCUGAAAUGGACAGUGAAAUUCAGAGGCAAUUUGAAGAACUCUAUAGCCUUUUAGAAGAUCCUUAUCCGAUGGUCCGUUCCACAGGAAUCCUUGGAGUUUGUAAAAUAGCUUCCAAAUACUGGGAGAUGAUGCCCCCAACCAUUCUUAUUGAUCUCCUGAAGAAAGUAACUGGAGAGCUGGCGUUUGAUACAAGCUCCGCUGAUGUCCGUUGUUCUGUCUUUAAGUGUCUGCCGAUAAUUUUGGAUAAUAAACUAAGUCACCCAUUACUAGAACAGCUUUUACCACCACUCAAAUACUGUCUCCAUGACAAUUCAGAGAAAGUAAGAGUGGCCUUCGUUGAUAUGCUUCUGAAAAUCAAAGCUGUGAGAGCUGCUAAGUUUUGGAAAAUAUGCCCCAUGGAGCAUAUUUUGGUUCGUCUGCAAACUGAUUCCCGACCUGUGUGUCGACGCCUGGUGAGCCUCAUCUUUAAUUCUUUCCUGCCUGUGAACCAGCCAGAGGAGGUGUGGUGUGAACGCUGUGUCACUCUGAUCCAGAUGAAUCACGCAGCUGCCAGAAGGUUCUACCAGUAUGCACACGAGCACACUGCCUGCACUAACAUAGCAAAACUGAUUCAUGUCAUUCGCCACUGCUUAAAUGCCUGCAUCCAGAGGGCGAUGAGGGAGUGUCACGAGGACGGCGCGGAGCGGGAGAAGGAGAACGAGAGCGUCCUGGAUAAAACACUCUCUGUAAGUGAUGUAGCAUCCAUGGCGGGUUUAUUAGAAGUUGUUGUGAUUCUCUGGAAGAGUAUCCAUGGCAGUAUUGAAAACAACAAAGAGGCCAAGAUUUACACUGUGAACAAGUUUGCCGCUGUGCUCCCGGAGUAUCUGAAAGUAUUUAAGGAUGAUCGGUGCAAGAUCCCGUUGUUCAUGCUGAUGUCCUUUCUGCCAGCGUCUGCAGUUCCUCCAUUCAGUUGUGGUGUGAUUUCUACCUUGAGAAGCCAGGAGGAGAGCAGUGUAGACAAGAGCUACUGUACCUUGUUAGACUGUCUUUGCUCCUGGGGACAGGUGGGACAUAUUCUGGAACUUCUUGAUGACUGGCUGCCAGGACAGCAGCCGCAGGCCAAGAGUAAUUCAGCAUCUAAACGCAAAGUGCAGAUCCAGGAUGCACGCCCAGUGAAGCCCGAGUUGGCCUUGACUUACAUAGAGUAUCUGCUGACGCAUCCAAAGAACCGAGAGUGCCUGCUCUCUGCUCCCCAGAAGAAACUUAACCAUCUUUUAAAAGCACUGGAAACCUCAAAGGCAGAUUUGGAAUCGCUUCUGCAGUCGCCUGCUGGGAAACCUACUGUCAGUGAUGCCACUGCCUUGCGAGCCUUCAGUCUCCACUGCCGGCUGAGUAUUCACCUUCAGCACAAGUUCUGCUCGGAAGGAAAAGUUUACCUGUCUGGUUUGGAAGAUACUGGAUUUUGGUUAGAAAGCAAAGUUUUAUCUUUUAUUCAAGAUCAAGAAGAAGAGUACCUGAAGCUUCACAGAGUUCUUUAUCAGCAAAUUAUCCAGACCUAUCUGACUGUAUGUAAGGAUGUUGUCAUGGUCGGCCUUGGGGACCUGAAGUUUCAGACAAAACUUUUACAGCGGACUCUUGCAAUCAUGCAGACAGUGAAGGGAUUUUUUUAUGUGUCAUCGCUUCUUGGCAUACUGAGGGAGACAACUGGAAAUCGCUGUAUUCAGAAAAUAGACUCAGAAGAAGAAGUUACAGCGCUGUUUGACACAGUCCAGCAGGUGUUUCAGAAAAUGUUGGAAUGUAUUGCACGGAGCUUCAAGAAGCAGCCGGAAGAGGGCCUGCGGCUCCUUUAUUCUGUUCAGACUCCUUUUCAUGAAUUCUUAACCACGGUUCAGUCUUGGCAUGUGGAUACUCCUGUUCACCGGGGCAUACUCUCUACUCUGAUUGCUGCGCCUGUGGUCGAGAUAAGUCACAGACUACGAAAGAUUUCUGAUAUAGAAGAGUUUACCACUCCAGAAUGUCUUUCUGACCUUCCACCAUUCUCAAGGUGUUUAGUAGGAAUAAUAUUAAAGUCUUCAAAUGUCGUGAGGUCAUUUUUAGAUGAAUUAAAGUCUUGUGUGCUUUCUGAUGAUAUUGAAGGCAUUGUGUGCCUCACGGCUGUUCUACAUAUUAUUUUGGUUAUUAAUAAAGGUAAACAUAAAAAUUCAAAGGUGAAGGAAGUUGCAGCCAUUGUUCACAGAAAACUGAAGACAUUCAUGGAAAUUACUUUGGAAGAAGACAGCAUUGAAAGAUUUUUGUAUGAAUCAUCAACAAGAACUUUGGAAGAACUUUUGAAUUCAUAACCAAGCCAACAUCUUUGGAUAUACAAACA